GAUUGCGCAAUCGCGAGUUCGCGGCAAGCGUGGACGCGCCGAAGUGAAAGUGGGUGUUUUUGUCUCGUCAUUAUUAGACUCCGAGUCCUGCGGGAACUCCAUCACUCCUCCGCUCUUUCCUACCGGAGCCGCCGCGUCUGGUUUUGUACGCCAAGAAGCUUCUUUUUUGUUCCAACACUUGCCUUGGGAUGUGGAACCACCACCACGUGGGUUCUAACCUUCACCACAUGGGUUCUAACCUUCACCACAUGGGUAUGCACGUCGUUCUCCUCACUUCGCUGCUGGGAGUCCUCCUUGCUCAAGGAGUGCAGCAGAUCUCUAUCGACGACUGCUGCAAAGAUGGCCAGAAGCAUGCCGGCGAUAAAGAAGACUGCGCGACCCUCCCGCUCAUCUCCGAGUCUCAGACCUGCAGGACGGUGCAGGAGCAGUGUUGUGUGGCCGUGCUGGAGGACAACAUGUGCACCACAGGCAUCACCAUGGCCAAAGACCAAGGAGCGUGCGACUCUCUGUUCUCCAACACCUGUGAGACAAAGACAACCAAGAUGUGCUGCGACUGCUGCCUGCUGGGCAAGACGGGCCAGGAGCAGGGACUCCCGUGCGACCACAGCCUGGCUCUGGGGUACCAGUGCGGUCUGGUGUACCGGGCUUGUUGCGUGGACGGAGCGCCGGACAACCAGACCACCGCAACCACGGGGAAGCCUGAAUUGCCAAUCAAAGACGAGACCCCAGACAGCAGAGACAAUUCAGUGCUGGUAGAUCAGUGCAAUGGCAAAUGUGCUCACCUUUGCGUGAGUAACGAGACGUGCGCCUGCUUCAAAGGCUACAAACUCAAGCCGAAUGGAAAGACCUGUGAGGACGUUAAUGAGUGCUUACUGGGAGCCAGCAACUGUCGAGGCGGCGAGCGCUGCAUCAACACGGAGGGCUCCUUCCGCUGCCAGAGAGAGGUCAGCUGCGGCACAGGCUACGAACUGACGGACGACAACAACUGCAUAGAUAUUGACGAGUGCGAGACAGGCAUCCAUAACUGUGGUCCAGAGUUCCAGUGCCAAAACACUCAGGGGUCCUUCCGUUGUCUCCCCAAGGUCCGGUGUGGCGCAGGUUUCAUCCAGGACGCUCUGGGAAAAUGCAUUGAUAUCAAUGAGUGUGUGAGCCAGACGGGUCCGUGCCAAAGAGGUCAGCUGUGCAUCAACACCGCCGGCUCGUACGUCUGCCGGAAGAACUCGGUCAACUGUGGGCGGGGCUACCACCUCAACGAGGAAGGCACACGCUGUGUCGACAUCGACGAGUGCAAAGGCCCCGAGCAGGUGUGCUCGGGUCACAGCUGCGUCAACAGGAUGGGCUCCUACCACUGCGACUGUGACAGCGGCUACAACUUCAACAGCAACAGUCGCCUCUGCGAGGAUAUCAACGAAUGCAGGCACUACCCCGGACGCCUAUGCGCUCACAAGUGUGACAACACACCUGGAUCUUACAAGUGCACCUGCACCACCGGCUUCAAGCUGGCACGGGACGGCAGGAACUGUGAAGAUCUCAACGAGUGUGAAAGUAACCCGUGCAGUCAGGAAUGCGCUAACGUGUACGGCUCCUACCAGUGUUACUGUCGCCGUGGCUACCAGCUCAGCGACAUCGAUGGAGUGACGUGUGAAGAUAUCGACGAAUGCGCUCUUCCCACGGGAGGUCACAUCUGCUCCUACCGAUGCCACAACACUCCUGGAAACUUCCACUGCUCCUGUCCGGUGAGCGGCUACACCUUGGCGCCUAACGGACGCAGCUGCCAAGAUGUUGAUGAAUGUGUGACAGCGACGCACACCUGCUUGGAAAACCAGAGCUGCUUCAAUGUGCAGGGGGGAUUCCGCUGUCUGUCCUUCGAUUGUCCCGCCAACUACCGCCGCGUCAGCGAAACUCGAUGUGAACGCUUGCUUUGCAAUGAGUCUGUCGAGUGCCCGGCCAUGCCGCUGAGAAUAACCUACUACUACCUCACCUUCCCCACCAACAUCCCCGUCUUCACCAACAUCUUCCGCAUGGGCCCCUCCCACACGGCGCCGGGCGACGACGUCGACAUCGCCAUCACGUCGGGCAACGAGGGCGGCUUCUUCAAGGCGGAGCGGGUGGCCAACGGCGGCGUCAUGUCCGUGGCGAGGCUCAUCGCCAGCCCGCGGGACUUUGAGCUGUCCGUGGAGCUCAGCCUGCGUCGCCACGGCACGCUCAGCACGUACUUGGCUAAAGUGGUGGUGUUUGUCGUGCAGGACGAGCCGCCCGUCGCUUACGACCCUCUUCUCGAAUAAAGCUGAGGGCUGCUAGUCAUGUGUUAUCUUUCCUGCACUUUCCCUGAUUACAUGGCAACAGCUGUUUCUAAGGGAGGGGGGUCGUAAACAGUCAUUGCCUUUGGUUACAAAGAAAAGGUCGUAAAACAGUUCAAAGAAAAGGUGCCUGGAGCUCGCGUCAGGUCCUGCUUCCUCUCCGCUUUGUAGAUCUCGAGUCAAGACAAAGUCUUCCUGUGGAUUACAAUACAUCAAAGAAAUCGACACCCUCAUGUCGCUCCCCAUCCUACACGGUGGAGUUUUACAAGCCUUCUGCUUGGUAAGAUCAAAGACAGCUGGAGUGAACGCACUCAAACAACACGGUAUGAGACUCGACUCAUAGGAUCAAGUAAAAAAGUCAUAAAAUGACGAGAAAACGUCGUAAUUAAAUAAUAAAAUAAUAAAGUUGUCGGGUUACGUGAAUAAAGAAAUCACGUGACAUAAAUAAGGUUGCAAAAAAUAAGGAUGAACUUGCGAUUUUAUCAACCUAAGUCAGAAUAUUAUGAAAAAAUGUGGUAAUUGUACUAGAAUAAAAUGGGGAUAGUACAAGAAUAACAAGGCCUAGUGUUACGAGAAUGAAAAUGUUAAUAAAAGUUAGAAAAAAAGUAAAUUUUCACAAGAAAGUACCAGUAUUUUUUUUCAAAACAAAGUAAAUCCCCCGCCUAUUUGUGGUUUGACAUUUGCACGCCCAAAUAUUUCUUCUCUGCUUUCAAUUGUAAAAUACUUAUUUUUAACAGAAAGUGUGUUUUGAUGGCGCUAUCUGCAGGAGAGAAAAAAAAAGUGUAAAAAAAAAAAUAAAGUUGUCGCGUUACUUGAAUAAAGAAAUCACGUGACAUAAAUAUUGUUGCAAAAAAUAAGGAUGAACCUGCAAUUUUAUCAACCUAAGUCAGAAUAUUAUGAAAAAAGUGGUAAUUGUACUAGAAUAAAAUGGGGAUAGUACAAGAAUAACAAGGACUAGUUUUACAAGAAUGAAAAUGUUAAUAAAAGUUAGAAAAAAAAGGAAAUUUUUUACAAGAAAGUACCAGUAUUUUUUUUCAAAACAAAGUAAAUCCCCCGCCUAUUUGUGGUUUGACAUUUGCAGGCCCACAUAUUUCUUCUCUGCUUUCAAUUGUAAAAUACUUAUUGUUAACAGGAAGUGUGUUUUGAUGGCGCUAUCUGCAGGAGAAAAAAAAAAAAGUGUAAAAAAAAAAUAAAGUUGUCGUGUUACGUGAAUAAAGAAAUCACGUGACAUAAAUAUUGUUACAAAAAAUAAGGAUGAACCUGCAAUUUUAUAAACCUAAGUCAGAAUAUUAUGAAAAAAGUGGUAAUUGUACUAUAAUAAAAUGGGGAUAGUACAAGAAUAACAAGGCCUUAGUGCUACGAGAAUGAAAAUGUUAAUAAAAGUUAGAAAAAAAGUAAAUUUUCACAAGAAAGUACCAGUAUUUUUUUUCAAAACAAAGUAAAUCCCCCGCCUAUUUGUGGUUUGACAUUUGCACGCCCAAAUAUUUCUUCUCUGCUUUCAAUUGUAAAAUACUUAUUGUUAACAGAAAGUGUGUUUUGAUGGCGCUAUCUGCAGGAGAGAAAAAAAAAGUGUAAAAAAAAAAUAAAGUUGUCGUGUUACGUGAAUAAAGAAAUCACGUGACAUAAAUAUUGUUACAAAAAAUAAGGAUGAACCUGCAAUUUUAUAAACCUAAGUCAGAAUAUUAUGAAAAAAGUGGUAAUUGUACUAGAAUAAAAUGGGGAUAGUAGGAGAAUAACAAGGACUAGUUUUACAAGAAUGAAAAUGUUAAUAAAAGUUAGAAAAAAAAGGAAAUUUUUACCAGAAAGUACCAGUAUUUUUUUUCAAAACAAAGUAGAUCCCCCGCCUAUUUGUGGUUUGACAUUUGCACGCCCAAAUAUUUCUUCUCUGCUUUCAAUUGUAAAAUACUUAUUGUUAACAGGAAGUGUGUUUUGAUGGCGCUAUCUGCAGGAGAAAAAAAAAAAAGUGUAAAAAAAAAAUAAAGUUGUCGUGUUACGUGAAUAAAGAAAUCACGUGACAUAAAUAUUGUUGCAAAAAAUAAGGAUGAACCUGCAAUUUUAUCAACCUAAGUCAGAAUAUUAUGAAAAAAGUGGUAAUUGUACUAGAAUAAAAUGGGGAUAGUACAAGUAUAACAAGGCCUAGUUUUACAAGAAUGAAAAUGUUAAUAAAAGUUGGAAAAAAAAAGAAAUUUUUUACAAGGAAGUACCAGAAUUUUUUUUAAAACAAAGUAAAUCCCCCGCCUAUUUGUGGUUUGACAUUUGCACGCCCAAAUAUUUCUUCUCUGCUUUCAAUUGUAAAAUACUUAUUGUUAUCAGGAAGUGUGUUUUGAUGGCGCUAUCUGCAGGAGAAAAAAAAAAAGUGUAAAAAAAAUAAUAAAGUUGUCGUGUUACGUGAAUAAAGAAAUCACGUGACAUAAAUAUUGUUACAAAAAAUAAGGAUGAACCUGCAAUUUUAUCAACCUAAGUCAGAAUAUUAUGAAAAAAGUGGUAAUUGUACUAUAAUAAAAUGGGGAUAGUACAAGAAUAACAAGGCCUAGUUUUACAAGAAUGAAAAUGUUAAUAAAAGUUAGAAAAAAAAGGACAUUUUUCACAAGAAAGUACCAGUAUUUUUUUUCAAAACAAAGUAAAUCCCCCGCCUAUUUGUGGUUUGACAUUUGCACGCCCACAUAUUUCUUCUCUGCUUUCAAUUGUAAAAUACUUAUUGUUAACAGGAAGUGUGUUUUGAUGGCGCUAUCUGCAGGAGAAAAAAAAAAGUGUAAAAAAAAAAUAAAGUUGUCAUGUUACGUGAAUAAAGAAAUCACGUGACAUAAAUAUUGUUACAAAAAAUAAGGAUGAACCUGCAAUUUUAUCAACUUAAGUCAGAAUAUUAUGAAAAAAGUGGUAAUUGUACUGGAAUAAAAUGGGGAUAGUACAAGAAUAACAAGGACUAGUUUUACAAGAAUGAAAUUGUUAAUAAAAGUUAGAAAAAAAAGGAAAUUUUUCACAAGAAAGUACCAGUAUUUUUUUUUCAAAACAAAGUAAAUCCCCCGCCUAUUUGUGGUUUGACAUUUGCAGGCCCAAAUAUUUCUUCUCUGCUUUCAAUUGUAAAUACUUAUUGUUAACAGGAAGUGUGUUUUGAUGGCGCUAUCUGCAGGAGAGAAAAAAAAAGUGUAAAAAAAAAAUAAAGUUGUCGUGUUACGUGAAUAAAGAAAUCACGUGACAUAAAUAUUGUUACAAAAAAUAAGGAUGAACCUGCAAUUUUAUAAACCUAAGUCAGAAUAUUAUGAAAAAAGUGGUAAUUGUACUAGAAUAAAAUGGGGAUAGUACGAGAAUAACAAGGACUAGUUUUACAAGAAUGAAAAUGUUAAUAAAAGUUAGAAAAAAAAGGAAAUUUUUACCAGAAAGUACCAGUAUUUUUUUUCAAAACAAAGUAAAUCCCCCACCUAUUUGUGGUUUGACAUUUGCAGGCCCACAUAUUUCUUCUCUGCUUUCAAUUGUAAAAUACUUAUUGUUAACAGAAAGUGUGUUUUGAUGGCGCUAUCUGCAGGAGAAAAAAAAAAAAGUGUAAAAAAAAAUAAAGUUGUCGUGUUACGUGAAUAAAGAAAUCACGUGACAUAAAUAUUGUUACAAAAAAUAAGGAUGAACCUGCAAUUUUAUCAACCUAAGUCAGAAUAUUAUAAAAAAAGUGGUAAUUGUACUACAAUAAAAUGGGGAUAGUACAAGAAUAACAAGGCCUAGUUUUACAAGAAUGAAAAUGUUAAUAAAAGUUAGAAAAAAAAGGAAAUUUUUUACAAGAAAGUAUCAGUAUUCUUUUUCAAAACAAAGUAAAUCCCCCGCCUAUUUGUGGUUUGACAUUUGCACGCCCACAUAUUUCUUCUCUGCUUUCAAUUGUAAAAUACUUAUUGUUAACAGGAAGUGUGUUUUGAUGGCGCUAUCUGCAGGAGAGAAAAAAAAAAAGUGUCAUUUAGCAGAAAAAUGCGUCGACAAGACUUAAUGUAUGCCGUUUUAUAUCGCGUACAACUGAAUUUAAAAUGUACAUAACUGUGCUGGACGACAGCAAAGACUUACUGAUGAGCAAAGAUGGCGUCCACAAAUUACAUUCGAACAUGACAUGACAAUCAACAAUGUCCCCACAAAGAAGGAUAAAAACAACUGAAAUAUUCUCGAUUGCUAAAACAAAGUAGAUGCGGGAAAUAUCGCUCAAAGGAAGACAUGAAACUGCUACAGGAAAAUACCGAAAAAAGAGAAAAAGCCACCAAAAUAGGAGCGCAAGACAAGAAGUAAAACACUACACACAGGAAAACAGCAAAAAAGUCCGAAUAAGUCAGGGUGUGAUGUGACAGGUGGUGACAGUACACCUACUUUGAGACAAGAGCUAUAGUGAUGCAUGCUUGGUUAUGCUUUAAAGUCAUAUCCAACAAUUGCGACAAAAACUUUUUUCUGUCAACUGAGUUUUGUUUUUUAAAGACUUCUGCUGGUGGUGUUCCUCCGCAUUUUUUCAACGCAAAAAAUGUGCUUUGGCUUAAAAAAGGUUGAAAAACAUUGCUCUAAACUUUUAUUCUAAACUUUAUAAAGGCAUUAUAGAGGUUUUUAUGGGUGUUUUUAGCUAAAUUUAGAGUCAACAGCUACAAAUAGGUGGAAUUUACUUUAUUUCUAUAAUGUGUUAAUUGGUAGAAAAAAAUAUUCUAAGAGAAUAAACUUUAAAUUUAAUAGAGAUAAAGGUGUAGACUCACACAAAGUUGUGGUAUGAGAAAUGUGCAGGAAAAAAGUGGUAUACUACUGAAAAAGUGGUAUUUUUUUGAUAGUCUAAACUUUACAUUCUAAACAUUACAAAGGCAUUUUAGAGGUUUUUAUGGGUGUUUUUUUUUUUAGCAAAAUUUUGAGUCAACAGCUAUGAAUAGGUGGGAUUUACUGAAUUUCUAUAAUAACGUGUUAAUGGUAAAAAAAAAAAUAUUCUAAGAGAAUAAACUUUUAAUUUAAUAGAGAUAAGGGUGUAGUAUCACACAAAGUUGUGAUAUGAGAAAUGUGCAGGAAAAAAGUGGUAUUUUUUUGAUAGUCUAAACUUUACAUUCUAAACAUUACUAAUGCAUUUUAGAGGUUUUUAUGGGUGUUUUUUUUUUAGCAAAAUUUAGAGUCAACAGCUACAAAUAGGUGGAAUUUACUUUAUUUCUAUAAUGUGUUAAUUGGUAGAAAAAAAUAUUCUAAGCGAAUAAACUUUAAAUGUAAUAGAGAUAAGGGUGUAGUAUCACACAAAGUUGUGAUAUGAGAAAUGUGCAGGAAAAAAGUGGUAUUUUUUUGAUAGUCUAAACUUUACAUUCUAAACAUUAUAAAGGCAUUUUAGAGGUUUUUAUGGAUGGUUUUUUUUUAGCAAAAUUUUGAGUCAACAUCUACGAAUAGGUGGGAUUUACUGAAUUUCUAUAAUAACGUGUUAAAUGGUAAAAAAUAGAGAAUAAACUUUUAAUUUAAUAGAGAUAAGCGUGUAGAAUCACACAAAGUUGUGAUAUGAGAAAUGUGCAGGAAAAAAGUGGUAUUUUUUUGAUAGUCUAAACUUUACAUUCUAAACAUUACAAAGGCAUUUUAGAGAUUUUUAUUGGUGGUUUUUUUUAGCACAAUUUUGAGUCAACAGCUACAAAUAGGUGGGAUUUACUGUGUUCCUAUAAUAAUGUGUUAAAUGGUAAAAAAUAGAGAAUAAACUUUUAAUUUGAUAGAGAUAAGCGUGGAGAAUCACACAAAGUUGUGAUAUGAGAAAUGUGCAGGAAAAAAGUGGUACUUUUUUGAUAGUCUAAACUUUACAUUCUAAACAUUACUAAUGCAUUUUAGAGGUUUUUAUGGGUGUUUUUUUUCAGCACAAUUUUGAGUCAACAGCUACAAAUAGGUGGGAUUUACUGUGUUCCUAUAAUAACGUGUUAAAUGGUAAAAAAUAGAGAAUAAACUUUUAAUUUAAUAGAGAUAAGGGUGUAGAAUCACACAAAGUUGUGAUAUGAGAAAUGUGCAGGAAAAAAGUAGUAUUUUUUUGAUAGUCUAAACUUUACAUUCUAAACAUUACUAAGGCAUUUUAAAGGUUUUUAUGGGUGUUUUUUUUUUUUUUUAGCAAAAUUUUGAGUCAACAGCUACAAAUAGGUAGGAUUUACUGUGUUCCUAUAAAAACGUGUUAAAUGGUAAAAAAAAUAGAGAAUAAACUUUUAAUUUAAUAGAGAUAAGCGUGUAGAAUCACACAAAGUUUGUUUAACAACAUGAAUAAAGUUGUGUGAGGGAUCUCGGGAAUUGACAAGAAAACGGAAUAAUUUUAGAAUAUUUUACAGAAAUAGUCAUUAUACAAAAGUACACUACACUAUAGAUAUGUGGUAGAUUGUGAUCAAUUAGAAUAGUCCUCAUUUUGUUCAUAUUUACCAAAAAAAAGAGACACAAUAUUAUGUCAGAAAAAAUUCCUGCUUUACUAAAAUACUGUCAUGUCUGUGUAAUCAUGUUUUGUUUUAAGUCAUGUUUUGUUUAGUUUCUGGCUUUUCACUCCCUUGUCUUGUUUUGCAUGAUUACCCCAUUAGUUUCACCUGUUCCACGUUUGCACUCAUUGUGCACUCUUGCUUGUCACCAUAGCAACCAUUAGUUUUCACCUGUCACGCCACGCACCUGUUUCACGUUUUGAGUCGCGCACCUGCUUUCGUUAAUCAUGUCUGUGUUAUUUAAGCUUUUCAUUUUCUGUUGUUCAAGCUUCAACACCUGCAAGUCCAUGUCGUGACAGAACUGAGGGAGUCGGAAACUAAACAAACAGGACGGAUCAUGACAUUAGUAGUUCUAUACAGCAUGCUCAAAUAUUUUCAUGUUUAUAAGACGUGUGAUUGUAAAUUAUGUUAAUUAGAUGAAUCCUUAGUAAAAUUCCCUUAAAAAAAGUAGUAACUUUUUAUUUAAAAAAAAAAGCCUUUUACCCAAAAAUGCGACACUUAUUGAAAAA